AUGGAACAGUAUAGAGAACACGGAGUUAACAGCAGGAAGACGAUGAAAACGCAAAACUUCCCAUUGAUGGAUGAAUCCGUAUAUGUGUGGAUUUUGCAACAGCGAGAGGCCAACAUAAUCGUCACUUCCGAGGUUCUGCGGGUCAAAGCGGAGUUACUUUUCCGAGAAAUCCAGAAACGUGGACAUUAUGUGAACCAAAAAUUUUCAUUCUCGUAUGGCUGGAUGCGUAGAUUCAAAGAACGAUUCGGUCUGCAUGUCAAGCGGGUUGCGGGAGAAAAAGCUUCUGCUGACGUGGAUGCUUACAUAAAAUUUAAGGAAAUAUUAGCAUCAAAAAUAACAGAAACAGGACUUCAAAAGUCGCAAGUGUACAAUGCAGACGAAUCGGCAAUUUUCGUAAAGCUGCUUGCGUCACGAAGUCUGGCACUUUCCAGCGAGAAAAAUGUUUACGGUCGGAAACUAAAUAAAAUGCGAUACACAUUUAUGCCAUGUAGCAACAUCGACGGUUCAAACAAAUUAAAACUAAUGUUUAUCGGAACCGCUGCAAAGCCACGAUCAUUUCCGACCAAAGAACUGCUCCCGGUGUCAUAUUACAAUUCAAAAAAAGCAUGGAUGACGCGAGAGCUUUUCCGGGAGUGGUUCUUUAACGAAUUUGUACCUGCAGUAAGAAAGUUUUACGGCGAAAAGAGCUUAGAACCGAAGGCUCUCCUGGUACUGGACAACUGCUCGGCCCACUAUACAGGAGGAGACAAUUUAAUUUCUGAUGAUGAAUUGAUCAAGGUGAAAACCUAA